CCAGAAAGGCCACCCCUCUUCUUAUGACCAAUGGAGUUGAAGGCCACGCCGAUCAAGGAUAUAAACUCCUGAAUGUUCUCACUACAGUUUGAUCAUUUCAAGGCUGGACUUGGUUUAAAAACUUGAGGGAUUCACAGGGUGAUUGUGAUGGAGAUGACAGGAGGACAUGAUGACGUGCACCAUACCGCUGACUCCAGUUUAAAUGAGAGCAUGUCGUUAGCUCACCCAUACCAGCCCAGUGGCAUCAGGAUGACCCUGGAGAACGCUGAUCUCUGGCAGUCCUUUCACAGCAUCGGUACAGAGAUGAUUAUCACAAAACAUGGAAGGAGGAUGUUUCCACACUGCAGGGUCAGAGUAUCCGGGCUCCAGCCUUUUACCAACUACGUCAUCACGAUGGACAUCGUUCUUGUAGAUGGCUUCAGGUACAAGUGGAAAAAGGAGCAGUGGGAGAUCGCAGGAGCGGCAGACCCCCACCCCCCGUGUCAUACAUACAUGCACCCAGACUCUCCUGCUCCAGGAAGGCACUGGAUGAAGCAGCCACUAUCUUUCCCCAAGCUUAAGCUCACCAACAAUACCUUGAAUCAGCAUGGCCAUAUCAUCCUGCUCUCCAUGCAUCGCUACUACCCGAGGUUUCAUGUGGUCCAGGCGGAUAACCCGUACGCUCUCCGCUGGGGCUCUGUGCAGAGCUUCUCAUUCCCAGAGACGGCAUUCACUGCAGUCACUGCUUACCAAAACCCAAAGAUUACCAAAUUGAAAAUUGAUCACAACCCCUUCGCUAAAGGCUUCAGGGAAGGAGGCACUCAUUCUCACAGUAAGAGGUUGUCAAAUAAAAGCCCCCCUGCAAAGAGACCCACACUGGACAGGGAUGACUUGAGCAACAGCUCUCCAAGCCUGCAGAGGAUGCCCUCCACCUCUCAGUUCACACAGAUGGAGGCGAGUCGGGCCUCCACACAGCAGUCACUGAAGGGAGGUCAUCUUUCAGGCUCAGCUCUGGAGCCGGACCCGUCUGAGAGUAUACACGUUGAGCCCCUGGUGCUGCGGGAGUACAACUGCAGCAGUGAUGAACAGAUGGUGCCUGCUUCCAUGCCAUACCAACCAUACAGGUCUGAGUACGGCAUGUUCCCAUACCCUUCCAGAGAUCCAGACGGUGCGCAGAUCUUCCUCCACCCUCCUCCUAAUUCACGUUCUGCAGCUGAACCUUGCAUCCAACAACAUGGCUAUUACCACCAGUAUAACACCACAGCAGACUGGAGCCAGAGCCCAGUCCUGUCAUACACAACUUGGUAAAGAUUGAUCUUUUUUUAAGGUAGUGAAAUUGUUGGACGCUGACGAUACGAAAGAACUAAAGGAUUGUGAUAGACGUGGAGGAAUAACUGACCUUCCACUUGUUUUAUUUCCAUUAGCUUGGAUUAUAUACAGCAGCAACUUAAAAUAGUCUGUUUUAAUGGACGAAAAAAAAAAUCUGUUUAGCUUGAGGUUUUAGCUUUUGUGUUAUUUUGUUUGUUUGUUUUUUUUUUUCCCUCACAGUGAGUCCAACUUGAGAUUUUUGUCUAUGCUCAAGUUUUUGUUGGUUUUUUUGUUUUUUUUAAGUUAACAUGUAAGUUAAUAUGUAUUGUGUUUUUUUUUUUUUUCUUUUUGUUUCUCAGCUAAGAAAUAAAUGUGAGAAUGAAUGUAAAGGUGAAACGAUCCAUUCUGUUCCAUAACACACCUACAGACCGCUCUACGUCACACUUCAGUGAGUCCAGUUAACACCAUGUGCAACAAUGUGUCAGACACCGUUCAAGAAGAACGGAGCUAAGAUAGACUGCCCUGGCGUAGUGUCUGACCCGAUAAAGAAGUGACAGACUACUAGUGUGGAAAUGCGAUCAUAGCCUGGCAUGUUUCCUCAGCAGAAGGCAGGAGCGUCUGUCCUGUAAAUGUUUUACGACCGACAGGGCAAAGCCAUAUCUGGGACAUUCAUAAAGCUUUAGGGAGCAGACACUGCAGCAAGUAGUUUUCUAGAACAUGCGUGCAGACUUGCAUCUUUUUGUGUUGUAGAUUUGAACUUUUUUUUCUUCCUUUAAACAAACGCACAGGCCUGCACAGAGACUUGAGUGGUACCAAAACUGGAGCAGUCUGUACUUGAAGGGCUAGCUGUGACUUACUUUUAGUUGGGAGUUAAUUUAGUUUAACCCAGGCAAACUCCUUAUUGUGUUUUUGACUCAUGGAACAUUUUUCCCCCAAUCAUAAUUUGUAGUCCUUGUAUGUCCAUUUUAAGUUGGGCAACUCUAGCUUCUGAGAAACUAACCUGAAUUUUUAACUUGUGGCUUUUUUAAAGCGGGGGAAACACACUUGUAUAAGUGUGACUGAUUUCUAACACCAUUAAUUCAUGUUUAACGGGUCAUCUCUCUGACUUCUGUCAUUUUUUCUGAUUUUGGCAGCAGAAGCCACACACUUUUGUACCAUUUAUGCUGCCACCAAAAAUGUAUAUAACAUCCAUAUCUGAAAAGCUAUGGCAAAGCAGACUUUGCUCCUCUAGUUGCAAAAAUCUCAGAUUGCACUGUGGAGAAAAAUGACCUUUGGAUCGCUUACUCGGAUCUCGUCACUUCCUUGCGACUUUCUCCGUCACCGGUUUCAGGUCAUACUUCAUAAUCAUCAGUGGUCAUCAUUCUUGUCACAUGUGAGGAUCGGAUUGGGGUUUAAAACGCCUCGAGGUUAAAGGGAAAAGCGCUCGUGCCCUGUUUUUUGUUUAUGGUGUUUGGAAAGAGGAGUUGACGUGCCAUAAAGUCACAGAUACUGCUCCUGCUGGGUAUCCAGAGGGCAAACAAACUACAUUCAUUACUAUAAAUUAUGAAGAUUUAAUGUUGUGUAUUUGAUCAGCUAUUUUAGAUGAAUUCAAAUUAGCAUCAACAUUGUCAUACUUUAAAUUGCAGCCCUUCUUAAGAUUAAUUGCAAAAAAGAAAAAAAAUGACUGUACAUUCACUUCUGUGGGCCAAGUGCUCUACAGCAUAAUAACUGCCAUCACAGCUAGCUUGAGGGCGGUGGCCAUAAUGGACUGUAGGAAGGCCUUUAUCGACCCUGCUGCACAUCUAUUUAAACUCUCACUAACGCACACUGUGCCCCGAAGAGAGGUCAGCAUCGGCCAGGUUUGAUUCAUUAUGGCCGUUCUCGCUGCGGCCUGUGCCUUACACAGUGCAGAGGAAUACAUUGAUUGGCUUUAAUGGCAACUUAACCCACGCAUGAGGUACAAGGGAUCCAGAGAAAAAGGACAAAGAGAAUCAAUGUGCAAAUUCAAACCACCUUAUAUGGAUACAUAUUUGUCCGUACGCUUUCAUUAAUAUCCACUAAGUGUCAAAGAAAUGCUGCUUUUGAUGGUUUCUGUUAUAGCAAGUCUAGAUCACUUGACAAUACAAGGUACAGCACAACAAAAUGAAAAAUAUUUUCACAAAUAUUCAUCCACUCGAGUCGCCCCAUUUAAAAUUUGGUCAAGAGUACGCCUCAGACCUUCUCUCACAAUAACGGCUUUUAUUAAAAACUAGUAGUGCCAGGUCUAUGGGUUUGCGCAAUGCUGCUUGCAUCCAUAUUGCCCCUCGAGUCACUUGACGCAAUGUUCAAAAUGCCAAAAAAAAUCAAGGCUAAAAAGCAUCAAUCUGCAAACAGGACAGUUCAAUGGGGUCACUAGUAACUGCAUCAACGGCUAGUGUUUUAUGGACAACAUGCCAGUUUCACAAAAUUGCAUGAAGACCGCUGCACUCGAUACUUGUACAUAUAUUCGCCGGGGUCCUUUGCACAUCAGCAUUCAUGUUUUAGGGUGUGGACUUUCCAUGCAAGAUGAGAGCUGGUUAUUGUAUCUGUGUAUAGGUCACUGCAACAAUAUCCACUUUUCUGGAUAUGCGUCACGAUACAUUAAAUAUUAGCGUGCCAAAAUGUCUGGGUUUUGUUCAGAUAAAAAAAUAAAACCUGAUACUAUGUUAAGAGCAGUAAUGAUUUGCAUAAACAAAACUAACACGAGCAACAGUCUGUAGGCUCAAGCCAAGUUAUUAGCAUCAAUACAGUCCCAUUGACCUGUCCUAGUCAGUGGCAGGCAUCAUUUUAGUGCACAUUUAGCCAAGCGCAUCAGCAGCAGUACUGUCCCCCAGCAGCAGAAAGGGUCAUCUCAGAGACAGCAGGGCACUCAUUUCUCACAACACUGUCAGCAGAGACCUUGUUACAGAAGUCAUAAUAGCACAUACAAAGUAUAAAUAUUGGGGGGACCUGCUGAUUUACACCGCUCAGUACCUGGUUUGCAAAGUGCUGAACAAACAGAGCAUGACCACCAGAAACAUUGCCCUUGAAAACUUUUCCAUUCCCCCAUCUGCGGGUCAGCUGACUGUCUUUUAUUAGCACUUCAUUAAAAUUCAUUAAUUGCUUCCUUUCUCCUGGGCACGGGGAGAAUCAAAACUGGAACUGUCAAAAAAAAAAAAAAAGAAGAAGAAAAAAAAAAAAAAGAAGAACAGAGCAACUGUCCUGCGUUCUACAUGCACAACUGUUAAUGUCGAGCCGCAGCCAACACGCGUCACACCCAACCAUCUGUGUUAACACGAUGACAGAGAACCAGAGGGCAUACUUAAAGAAGUAAACAUUUUUAUUUACUUGUUAUGUACAUAAAGGGCCUUUACCAGCACAGGUGUUAACCAUGGGAAAUAUUAACACAUGUAAAUGGUAUAAGAAAAUAAAAGGCACAAUCUUUCAAAUUUUUUUAAGUAAAAGACAAGCUUUCCUAAAAUAUGUGAAAACAGCACAGUAAUACUGUUAAUGCCAUUACAAAAUAACUCAGAAGCAUGAGGAAAAAGCAAAGGGAAAUAAUCAGAGUGUAUUGCUUAAUUAGUAAGAUUUCAUUAAGCUUGACAAGGAAAACCCCAACCCGGUGCGUCUGUACACGGCAGGUGGGAUUAAAAGAGAAACUUUUAUUUAAUGAGGAAUUUAAUGACAUCAAGCAGCAUUUGGCGAGGGAAAAAAAACCCAAAAAACCCCAAAACAAAACAAAUGAUCUCCCUGGUCAAGAGGUCAUGCACAGAGGCAACCAGCAGGCAUUUAUUUGUUUUCCCUUUUUAAAAUGUCACCCUUGGUUACCUUUAAUAACAUCACUCAUUAAAAAAAAAAAAAAAAAAAAAAAAAAAAAAAAAAACCUGAUUUCAUAGCUUACUACGAAACCACCGAAAAGGAAAACAGGGAUACAACUAAAAGAAUUCUGAGUCGAUGGCUGAGCAAUAAUUUUUUCCUUUUCCUUUUUUUUUUAACAAAGCGCUAAAAGAAGCGACAGAAAGGGGGUAGGAUGGGCAGGGGUGGGAUUGAUCAGUUUUACUGCACAGACCUGGAGUUCUGCACCAUUUGCACAUCUGUUUAAUCCUCGGCUCGACAGAAUCUGCUGCGGCAGUGUGAUGAGAUUCUUUCCACUACUCAGCAUGAAGGAGAAAAAUUAUUUGUGCGCAGACCAAAAAUACUCGAGGAAUAAAGCUGGUUGAAAAAAAGAUAAUAAAAAUCCUACAUUGACAGGAGUAUCAUCACAAUAAAAACUAAAGGGUCAGAGAUGGAAUUGCAUGUGCUAGAAGUAAGACUUGUCUUACUUUGAAAAGGCAUUGAUGGGAUCUCAUUGGCUUGCUCAGACAUUCCCCCUUCCCUGACCUACACCACUGAAAAACUCAGUUCUUCAUCUCAGUGGAAAGGCUUCAAGUCCUCAUGCCCACACUGUGGGGACACUAUGUUUUUAGUAUGUUUAGCCUUGUAGUCAGAUGCUUGCGGAAAGUGCUGGCCAGGGCUGUUGCUAUUUGGCUUUUAGAAACCCUGCUCAAAGCUUGGCACUCUUAAUGCAAAUAAUCUAAAAUGUGUCUUUUAGUCUUCAAUGAUCUCCAAGCAAGUAAAGAGGCGCCGACGUGGAGAUGCAAGGUUACCCCACUAUCCAUGUCAACAAAUCCAAACGAAAAAAUAAAAUUAAUCAUUGGACAAUGAUUUAGAAAAUAGCAACAA